CCUAUUUUCUUGGUUUUUUUCUGUAGAAAAUUUUCAAUCCUAUCUCCUGCCCAUUUAAAGUUGGGAUUGCAGAUGGGUUAAUAAUUGAAUGGAUAGCAAAGCAGGGCUUCACUGCUUGGUGCUUAUCCUAGGAAAUAUGGGUUUCACAUCGCCUUAAUAACAAAGAUAUUCUCACUACCAAUCCCAACCCUCCCUUCUUUCUCUUUAUUCUCGGUUGGCUUGGGGCAGAUCCCUGCCAACUUCCCCAUAAUUUUCUUGCUCUCGGUUGAAGAGUGAUUUAAAAAUUGAAGAUGGUUCCUCCCAGGCAAGUCUAGGUGUCAUGCUGAAGUUACUGUCCUGCAUGAGUUAAUCUGGAACGUGUAAGCUCAUUUGAUUAUGUUACAUCCUUUGGGUUUCGUAUUUACAAUUUUGCUUUAAUCUGUAAGACAUACGAGUUCUCUGACAAUAACUCAAGUUGGCACAGUGAUAGAGUCUGCAUCAGACUUCUUCUCUAGUAAACUUACAAAAGAAGUAAAGGCAUGCCUUGUGGAUGAGCUGCUUUCUUGGGAGGUAUAGUCGCAAGGCAUCAGACAAAGUAACCAAAGAUAUAAUAUGAGCUCGCUCCAACUCCUUCAAGCCUCCCCACCCUCUCUAAGCUCUGCCAAGGCUCACAAAUUGCCAUUAUAUGGCCUUGAUUCAUGUUCAACCAUGGCCGAGCUCAAGCAGUAUCAUUCCCAAAUCAUCCGACUUGGCCUUUCAGCAGAUAAUGAUGCAAUGGGCAGAGUGAUAAAGUUCUGUGCUAUCUCCAAAUCAGGUGAUUUAAACUAUGCUCUCGAAGUGUUUGAUAAAAUUCCUCACCCUGAUGCAUACAUUUACAAUACCAUCUUUCGAGGUUACUUGCGGUGGCAGCUUGCCAGAAACUGCAUUUUCAUGUACUCCCGAAUGUUACAUAAAUCUGUCUCACCCAACAAAUUCACCUACCCUCCUCUGAUAAGAGCUUGUUGCAUUGAUUACGCUAUUGAAGAAGGGAAGCAAAUACAUGCACAUGUUUUAAAAUUCGGGUUUGGUGCUGAUGGGUUUUCUUUGAAUAAUUUGAUCCAUAUGUAUGUGAAUUUUCAAUCUUUGGAGCAAGCAAGGAGGGUUUUUGAUAAUAUGCCUCAGCGGGAUGUUGUCUCCUGGACCAGUUUAAUUACGGGGUAUUCGCAAUGGGGUUUUGUCGAUAAAGCUCGUGAAGUUUUUGAAUUGAUGCCUGAGAGAAAUUCUGUUUCUUGGAAUGCCAUGAUUGCUGCUUAUGUCCAGAGUAACCGUUUGCAUGAGGCAUUUGCUCUUUUUGAUAGAAUGAGAUUGGAAAAUGUGGUAUUGGAUAAAUUUGUAGCAGCAAGUAUGUUAUCAGCCUGUACUGGAUUAGGAGCCUUGGAGCAAGGGAAGUGGAUACAUGGAUAUAUUGAGAAGAGUGGGAUUGAAUUGGACUCAAAACUUGCUACAACAGUUAUUGACAUGUACUGCAAAUGUGGUUGCUUGGAAAAGGCCUCCGAAGUCUUUAAUGAGUUGCCCCAAAAAGGAAUUUCUUCUUGGAAUUGUAUGAUUGGUGGGCUGGCAAUGCAUGGAAAAGGCGAGGCUGCCAUUGAGCUUUUUAAGGAGAUGGAGAGGGAGAUGGUAGCCCCUGAUGGCAUCACUUUUGUGAAUGUCCUCAGUGCAUGCGCUCAUUCAGGAUUAGUUGAAGAGGGGAAACAUUACUUUCAAUAUAUGACUGAAGUUCUUGGUCUUAAGCCUGGUAUGGAGCAUUUUGGAUGCAUGGUUGACUUGCUUGGAAGAGCUGGACUGCUGGAGGAGGCAAGAAAGCUCAUAAAUGAGAUGCCUGUGAAUCCUGAUGCAGGUGUAUUAGGUGCUCUUGUUGGUGCUUGUAGAAUCCAUGGAAACACUGAAUUGGGUGAGCAAAUAGGAAAGAAAGUAAUUGAACUAGAGCCUCAUAACAGUGGCCGCUAUGUUUUAUUAGCUAAUUUGUAUGCCAGUGCUGGUCGAUGGGAAGAUGUUGCUAAGGUGAGAAAAUUGAUGAAUGACAGAGGAGUGAAGAAGGCUCCUGGUUUUUCCAUGAUUGAAUCAGAAAGUGGUGUAGAUGAAUUCAUUGCUGGAGGAAGGGCUCACCCACAAGCUAAAGAGAUAUAUGCCAAACUUGACGAGAUAUUAGAAACUAUAAGAUCUAUUGGUUAUGUGCCUGACACUGAUGGGGUAUUGCAUGAUAUUGACGAGGAGGAAAAGGAGAACCCCUUAUACUACCACAGCGAGAAACUUGCAAUUGCCUUUGGGUUGUUGAAGACUAAGCCUGGGGAAACUCUUCGCAUCUCUAAGAAUUUGCGGAUAUGUAGAGAUUGUCACCAAGCAAGUAAGCUUAUCUCAAAAGUUUAUGAUCGUGAAAUAAUUAUAAGGGACAGGAACAGAUUCCACCAUUUUAGAAUGGGAGGGUGUUCUUGUAAGGAUUACUGGUGAGCCUUUAUGCUUGGGAACAUAGAUAGUGGAGGUCUUAAUCCGUUUAAACAGCAUCUAGCUAGACUAGCUUGGUGAAGUAGCACCUUGUCAAAAACUCCUGAGGAAGUAUUAUCUUAAAACAAAAGAGAAUAUGAAACAGUGUCAUAUUCAGAGGAAGCUCAGACAGAGAAUGAGCAAGAUGAUGGUAUGGUACAUCAUAUGAGCAAGAUAAGAUAAUUGGUAAUAAAAGAUUGAGAGGAAGGACUUGAGGGGAACUUCAAUUAGUCAUUCUGAACUAUUAUUUAAGAGAUCAAGAUUGGUUCUGUUGCUCUGAAGACACUAAAGACUUGGACCCCCAACUUUACAAACAAAAAUAAAUUCUUUAAUGUUGCUAGAGGUACCUCUACAUGCAGCAAAAUCCCUCUUACCUCCAUAAAAUGGAGUUGGUUGGUCAAUAUGGGCAGGGUGUGGGAGUAGGCCAUCUGAGCCAAGAGAUAAUGUGGUUGCUUUCCACACAAAAGCGUGUAACCAUUACAAUAAAUCUAGUUGAGCAUAAGGCUUCCUGGGAAAUAACUGGUCAUUCUGUUAAGGCACAUAGUUGUGGGGACACAGCAUCGCUCUGUAACCAGUAUUUUGGUUCCAUUUCUUCUUCGGUUGAUCCUGUACAAGAUGUACCAACUUGUUAAAAGGUUGCUGGAUAAAGUGUUGGAAGGGAUGGGUGAGGAAAAUUUUAGUGCAGGUGAUCUCUGAGAAUUCUACUAGUUUGGGAGGCUGCUUGAAGAGAAGAAGAGUUUGUUCUGGCUUCACCUUCAAUAUCAUACCUUUAAUUUCAGAAAAAUUCUACCAUACCAAGGAGGUAUCAUAUCAAUAAUUCGCUUGAACAGUGGUUUUGAGUGUUAAAGACUGACCCUUAAUUUCAUUUUGAUUACCUGAAUCAUUUCCUCUUAAGAAUUUGAUUCAAAAAUAAGGUAGGUGCAGUGUACUUUUUACUAAGUUCAACCUAAGCUCUACUGAGUUUAAGUGAUGGAAUGGAAGCUCAUUCUUGAGUGAUGUUAA